AUGGCGACUUCCUACGAACGGGAGCCCGAAUGGCAAGAGGCACCUGCUAACGAUGCUUCGAACUUUCGUAGUGUGACACCCGCCAUGAAUAAUAUUAGACGAAACGCUUCUCCCGCAAAGGGGUUUUCGGACGAUGGCAUGCCAGAAGAAAAGAAAGGCGGACCUUCUUCUAGCGGUUUGAUUCGUCUUGCACUUAGAAAGCCCAUGGGAAUCGUUUUCGAACCCAUGUACGAUCCCAAUUCUCCAUCGGUUCAAAGAGGCGUUCGUAUUUGCGAUUUGCCGCGCACUGGAGCGGCUGCAUUGUCUCGCAAAUUAGAAGUCGGAGACGAGCUGCUUUCGAUCAAUGACAAAACCAUGUCUCGUUUGACGUUUGAUGAAAUUAUGGAUUUUAUCAUUGAGGCGGAUCCUGAACAAGUCAACCUUCUAUUCCGUCGACCCAGAAAGGAAGUUUUGAACGCGCGCAACGGCAACAAGCCUCCUUCGGGAGGGCCAGGAGUCAAAUGGGUGGACGAUGAUGAGCCAAAGCCAGAGAAGAAAAAGAAGGAGAGAAAAGACAAGAAAUCGUCACGUCGAUCUAGAGGCAAAGAGGAUGAUGAGACACUUCAGACAGAAGAUGAUAUUUCCUAUAGAAGAAGUCGUCGCGCUAGAAGACGUCACAAUCCAUAUGAAUCAGAAUCCUUCCUCGAUAUUCUCAUUGAUACCAUUUGCGCAAAUCCUGACAGCGUCUGUCGGGACCGCAGAAAAAUGGGGGAUGAUGAAACUUACUAUUCAGAGGAUGAUGAAACAUAUGCUUCUCGAGAUGAUUCUACUUAUGUUACCUAUGAGUCAGAACCCCCAGCGCGAAACAGCCGCAAAUCUAGGAAAAAGAAUAGUCGCAGGGAUGACUAUUCGAGCCAAGGAGCUGACGAAGAUACUCAGGAAGAAAAGCAACGUAGCAAGCCAACUCGGGGGCGCGAACGAGAGCCCGAGGUCAGACGGCCUUCACCUAUGCGUGAACCCAAGAGAGACAUGACCCCAAUCAAGGAGAAAGCCUACGAAGACGAUGGCACUCUUGAGACUGUCGACUCGAAAGAAAGAGAGAGAGCCAUGCAAAUGGAAGCCCCGGAACCAGAGCCUGUUCCAGUACCUCCUCUUGGACUUGUUCCAAACCCAGAGCCAACUCGUGGCAAUCUUCCUCCUACUCAAAUUGAUGAGGAUGAACAAACUAAUCCAGCUGCUCCAAUCAGGGCCGUCGAAUUCGAUGAAGAUGCCGACGUCGGUGCUGACGUCUCUGUUAUGGAGAGUCUUGGUGGACCGUCACUCUUGAUUGAAAAGCAACGUCAAGCACAGAUUUUGGCUUCCAAGCCGGAAGUGACACCACCUGUUCCAAGAGACAUUGCGGAUAACUUUGGUUUGGAUUACCCACUUGACUUUGGAUUUUCAAGGGAACAGACAAUUCAAAAUGAUCCUCUUCGGUUCUACUCUUAUGUUGUCAAGGCACUACUACAGGAACAUGAACCUGAAAAGGUUCGUCUCCUCGACAAACUCCUUGCCAAGUACAAAGGACGCGAGGACCAUUUAGUACAGAAGUUGUCGGUUCGUUACAACACGGAAGAACCUGCUGACGAACAGGCUGCAGCACCAGAAUCUGAAGAGCAAGGCUUUGGUGAACCCGCUAACUUUGACGAGGCUGUUAUCAAGGCCAAGGGAAGUGCACAUUCCAUGGAGAAUAUCGAGACAGCUAGAGAACGAAUGAAUUCCUUCAGUCCCACGAAUGAAUGGCCAGAAAAGGAAACGAAGGAACAAGAACCUCUUGAUGAACCUCCUCAAAUGAAGGAAGAGCAACCCGAAGAAGGAGGCUCUCACGACUAUUCCGACGAGGACAUUGAUGGAACUUCUCCAGCUGUUAUUGCCCAGGUGUCUGAAUUAUUGAACUAUGUAUAUGGCAAGACCUCUGUCCCGGGGCAAAUUGACCGUGUGUCUACUAUUAUGCGCGCCUACGAAGGCCGCGAGGCUGUGCUUUUGGAACUCCUUGAAACAAAGGCCUUAAUCAAGGCCAACCGUGAGAAGGAGAAUGCCGGAAACCUUCCAGCAUUCUUGAGAAAUUCCAUGAAUGCUCAAAGAGAAGUGGACGAAGAUGCCAUUGCUGGUGGUAAUAUGCCUGCCGUGACACCAAUGGCUAUGGAAGGCCGACCUGCUAUCAAUGAUGACAUGUCCUCGAUGAGCGGAGUAGCGCCUCCAGCGCCUCCGGAUAUGCAAAAGGGCGUUUUGAAUGCUCUUUCGUCUCAUUCUGAAACGCAGAAACCGAAACCCACCAGAGCGCCCGAGUCCAGCGCUUAUACUGGCCCAAGUGCCGCAUCACCGCCAGCGGACACUAAGCAGCAAGUGAAGACACGAUCUCCGACUGCUUCCGCUGCUCCCCCUAUGGACUCGAAGAAGAAGAAAAAGGGAUUCCUGGGCGGACUUUUCAAGAAGGGAAAGAAAGAUUCCAAAACAAGGGCCUCUAGCAAUGGCAGAAAUCUACGAACUCCAGUGAAGCAUACUGAGGCUUCCAUCUAA